UUGCUGUUAAAGUUGAAGAAACAGACAAACCAGAAAAGGAAAAACGAAAGAGAAAAUUAAGACCCGCAUUCGUCGCCGUAGAAUCCAUCCAUGAGGGAUUUGUGAUUCGUUGCUCCAUCCAAUCGAAUACCCUCGUGGGAAACGGAAUUACCAGUGAAAACCGAUAAGACCCAGAAGAAAUUUUGAGAGAAGUUGUAAGGAACUGUUCAUUCCUUCCUUCAUUGCUGCUUCUGCAAAUCUGAGUUAUUCAAAACACCCAAUAGUUAACGGAGACGACGGAGACAACACGGAAAGGAACUCUCCACCUGUCUUCUAUUUAUUUCAGAUUUAGCUUAGCUUUCCUUUUCAUUUCGUAGAAAUUUUCAAUGUUACUCGUCAACUCUGCCUUGGUUGAUUAAUUUAUUUGAAUAAGAAAAUAUAUGGAGAUCAGGUCAAGGCAUGGCUUGGCCAGUGGGAGUUAGGAACAAGGUUGCUUCCUAACGCGUGAAAUAAACAUAAGCCCCACUUGCUCUCAAGUUUGUAGGAAAGCAGCUUUCCGUGGGGACCCAUGAGCCAGCGAAGCUUCAUGUCGACACCACAGACAUAGUCUUUGUCUUCCCUCCGGCUUCCCCUUAGAUGUUAGAUCUGGAGCUCAAUAGUUUCUGUUCUGAGAUUCAAUUCAAGGGCUGAGAAGCCCAAGAAAGCAAAAUAAAAUCUGGGGUCUCCCUUUCUCUCUCUUUCAUCUUCUUUGGGUAUACAGAACACAGAGAGAUGGGAUUUGUGGGACUUCAAGAAAAUGGGAAUGGAGAUGGGUUCUCUAACUUGCCCUUGGGAACCAAAAAUAAAUACAUGAGGAUGGAUGCGGAGCUCACAGAGAACGAAGACGCCUCACAUCAUCGUCAACAGGCUGGAACCAACAAUACGAAGAGAUACGUUUUCGCUUGUGUUGUCUUUGCCUCUCUCAACUCUGUGCUUCUCGGCUACGAUGUGGGUGUUAUGAGCGGAGCCAUCAUAUUCAUUCAGGAAGAUCUGAAGAUAACAGAGGUGCAAGAAGAAGUUCUUGUUGGUUGCUUGAGCAUCAUCUCACUUUUGGGCAGUUUAGCUGGUGGCAGAACCUCAGACGCCAUUGGUAGAAAAUGGACAAUGGCCUUUGCAGCGAUUAUAUUUCAAGCAGGUGCAGUUAUAAUGACGCUUGCUCCUUCUUUCCUAGUACUGAUGAUAGGAAGACUCUUGGCUGGGAUAGGGAUUGGUUUUGGAGUCAUGAUUGCCCCUGUUUACAUUGCUGAGAUAUCUCCCACCAUUGCCAGAGGAUCUUUCACUUCCUUCCCUGAGAUUUUCAUCAACUUUGGAAUCCUUUUAGGUUACAUCUCAAACUAUGCAUUUUCUGGUCUCUCACCUCACAUAAGCUGGAGAAUAAUGCUUGCCGUUGGAAUCCUUCCCUCAGUCUUUAUUGGAUUUGCUCUGUUCAUCAUACCUGAGUCACCCAGAUGGUUGGCAGUGCAGAACCGGAUUGAAGAAGCAAGGUUGGUCUUGCUGAAGACGAUUGAGAAUGAGGGAGAGGUGGAACAGAGACUCCAAGAGAUACUGGAAGCAGCUGGGACUGCAAAUGCAGAUAAGUCUGAAGAAAAAGCUGUCUGGCGUGAACUCCUAAGCCCUUCGCCUGCAGUUCGUCGCAUGAUGAUAACUGGGUUUGGAGUUCAAUUUUUCCAGCAGAUCACAGGUAUAGAUGCAACUGUAUAUUACAGCCCUACAAUCUUGAAAGAAGCUGGAAUUGAGGACAAAACCAAGCUUCUAGCUGCAACUGUUGCUGUUGGAUUUACCAAGACUCUUUUCAUUUUGGUUGCCAUUGUACUCAUUGACAAAGUGGGGAGGAAACCACUGUUAUAUGUGAGCACGAUUGGGAUGACUAUGUGUUUGUUUGGAUUAAGCAUUACCCUAUCUUUAACGAAGGGUGGAGUAGCCAUUCCAUUGUCAAUUUUAGCUGUCUGUGGGAAUGUUGCCUUCUUUUCAGUGGGAAUUGGCCCAGUUUGCUGGGUUUUGACAUCUGAAAUCUUCCCUCUCAAAUUGCGUGCUCAAGCAUCAGCACUUGGAGCUGUGGGGAAUAGGGUGAGCAGUGGUGUAGUUGCCAUGUCCUUCCUGUCUAUUUCUCGUGCUAUUACAGUGGGAGGAACUUUCUUCGUCUUUUUCUUGAUUUCGGCUCUAUCUGUCGUCUUUGUUUAUAUUUUUGUUCCUGAAACAAAGGGGAAGUCUCUGGAGCAGAUUGAGUUGCUUUUUCAGAAUGUGGGAGGAUGGCAAGGUGGUGAGGUGGAGCUUGGAGAUGUUGAGCAUCUAGUGCAAAAACAAUGACUGGUUUUUGGCACAGUUUGAUGAAGCAAAAUCUUCAUGACAUGUCUUCCAACUCUACAAGUAGGUGGAAGGAAGUUAAGCCUUCCCAUGUUCAGAGAGUUUGCAUGUUUCAGUUGGAAACCUCGCUGCUUUCCACCGUACAGGGUUGCUCAUUGAAUCCUAGCUUCCAUACAUGAGUUAUACAGCUUCAAGACUCCUGUUUUGAAUCCAUUCAACCAAGAGGGUAAUUAUCUGUUGUCUGGGUUGCAUUCCUAUUAUCUUGUCAGAAGUUUUCCUAAACUUAUUGAGAGCCUGAUGCGUCCAGCCCCUCGUGUAAGAUUAUAACUGAAAAAAUAUUGGAAGUUAAUUUUAACUCCUAGUGCAUUUUAUUUCAUCAGGAAAUAAGAAUAAUUGAUUUGUUCUUUGUCC